AUGGCCGGAGGUGGCUUUGGGGCCGCAUCGGGAGGCGGAGACUUUGAAGCAAAGAUCACGCCUCUAGUGAUCAUUUCUUGCAUAAUGGCCGCUAGCGGAGGCCUCAUGUUCGGUUAUGAUGUUGGUAUUUCAGGGGGUGUUACAUCCAUGCCUUCUUUCCUGAAACAGUUCUUCCCGGUUGUUUAUAAGAAGACUCAAGAGACUGGACUUGAGAGCAACUACUGCAAAUACGAUAAUCAAGGCUUGCAGUUGUUCACAUCUUCCUUGUACCUCGCUGCUUUAAUUUCAACCUUCUUCGCGUCGUACACAACCCGAUCCCUGGGGACGAAAGCUCACCAUGUUCAUUGCUGGGCUGUUAACCUUGCCAUGCUUAUCAUUGGGAGGAUCUUGCUUGGUUGUGGAGUUGGUUUUGCUAACCAGGCAGUGCCGCUUUUUCUUUCUGAGAUUGCACCCACAAGAAUUCGCGGGGCACUUAACAUACUCUUCCAGCUAAAUAUCACCAUUGGCAUUCUUUUCGCAAAUCUUAUCAAUUCUGGAACUGCCAAAAUUGAAGGGGGAUAUGGAUGGAGAGUGUCACUAGGUUUGGCUGGCAUUCCAGCAGGUAUGCUGACUGUUGGGUCCCUCAUUGUGGUAGACACACCUAACAGUUUGAUCGAACGAGGUAAGUUGGAGGAAGGAAAAGCAGUUCUUAAAAGGAUUAGGGGCGUUGACAAUGUGGAUCCAGAAUUCUUAGAGAUUGUGGAGGCAAGUCGUGUGGCAAAAGAAGUGAAGCAUCCUUUCAGAAACCUCCUUAAGCGUAGGAACAGACCUCAAUUGGUCAUUGCAAUUUGGAUGCAGAUUUUCCAGCAAUUCACUGGCAUUAACGCAAUCAUGUUCUACGCUCCAGUUUUGUUCCAGACCUUGGGAUUUAAGAGUGAUGCUUCCCUAUACUCAGCUGUUAUUACAGGAGCUGUCAAUGUCCUCUCAACCGUUGUAUCAAUAUACUUUGUCGACAGAGCUGGUCGGCGCGUGCUAUUGUUAGAAGCCGGUGUCCAAAUGUUCCUUUCUCAAUUGGUGGUUGCAAUAAUAAUGGGGACUCAAAGUGAAGGAUCACUCUAA